AUGCCAUGGGGAAACCAUAAACCAAUGGCUGACGUUCCUGGACUGUGGGAAAAUGUGGACGCGCGGAUAGAGAGAAGCAAUUCUAUCAUGAAAGUGGCAAUCAUGUUGGACGAGUUGCUAAAAGCAGCAAGAAGGAUUGGUGACGGUAAAGAUGACGAGGUAUCCUCAAUAGCGAUGGAAGCACUCGAGCAUAUGCAAAGCAUGUUGGACAGGGUACACGACCACCAUAAGUCAGAGUAUACGAAGAAUGAGUUGGACACUUGCUGGGAAAAUUGGAGGAAAUUGUCCAUUGAAAAGGUAAGCUGUUUCAUUGUUGUAUAG